AUGUCUGGCCCAGCAGGCCCAAGCAAGCAGAUGAUUUUGCACCUAUAUCACUCAGCUUUGAGGUCAUCACGGUCCUUCAGUUCGUACAACUUUAGGAACUACUUCAUCCGACGGACGCAGGACACUUUCCGGAGUAUACAAGCCGAAACUGACCCUUCCAAGGUCGCAACAAUGUACUCUGAUGCUAUGAAAGAGCUCGUGGUUCUGCGGCGAAGCGCCAUCGUGAACCAACUAUACGGAGGGUGGAAGUUGGCCGUAGAAGAACCUGCACCAAAAGAUGAGGAUAUUUUGACAAGAAGCGACAGCUAGAUGGUAGCAUGAGGGCAGGCUACGGGAAAGGAUUGUUAUUAUCAAGCUGUAUUGUUAUGAACUCUGCCCUAUUGCCUCUUUAUUACCCAAGUAAAUCAACUCACCAUGAGCAUCCUUG